UAACCGGAAGUUUUAAACAACAUCCGGGCAUUUUACACAAUUUGAGCAUGCCCACAAACGCUUAGAAAUUGACCUUCAUUAACUUUAAUCAAACUGUUUAAAGUUCUUUUCUAGUAUAAUAUACUCGUAAUGAUUUAACAGAAAACAGUAACUGCUUCCGACCUUUAUUUUGUAUAUAGUCAAUCGUAUUCAUGUCCGUUUUCCGGGGCAUUCGAUGAUUCAUCGCAUGGCGGUGCCAGAAAGUUGAGAAGGAAAGUAAACACAUUUCGGCGAAGAUUCAACAGGUUAAAAUGGGUGCAUUCCUUGACAAGCCAAAGACGGACAAGCAUAAUGAGGGUGGUGUUGGAAACGGGUUGCGCUAUGGGCUUGCAAGCAUGCAGGGAUGGCGGGUAGAAAUGGAGGACGCCCAUGCAGCAGUCAUUGGGCUCCCGAGCCUCAAGGAUUGGUCUUUCUUUGCAGUUUUUGAUGGCCAUGCUGGAGCCAAAGCUUCAGCUGUCUGCUCAGAUCAGCUUAUGAAUCAUAUCAUCUCAAACGGUGACUUUCAGAAAUUUGAUUUGAGCGCUGGAACUGAAACACAACCAUCUCUUGAGGCCAUCAAGUCAGGAAUUAAAGCUGGGUUUUUGAGCAUGGAUGAAAAACUAAGAAGCAUGCCAGAAGUGGUUAGUGGACAGGAUAAAAGUGGUUCAACAGCGGUUGGUGUUAUCAUUUCACCCACACAUAUUUUCUUUGCAAACUGUGGUGAUUCGAGAGCGGUGCUGUGUAGUGCUGGUAAGUGUGCAUUCUCAACCGUAGAUCACAAGCCAGUGAAUCCAAUUGAGAAAGAACGUAUUCAAAAGGCAGGUGGAAGUGUGAUGAUCCAGAGGGUUAAUGGUUCUUUAGCUGUAUCACGAGCCCUUGGUGACUUUGAGUACAAAAAUGUGGAAGGGAUGGGCCCCUGUGAGCAGCUUGUGUCACCCGAGCCUGAAAUAUUUGCCUAUGACAGAGACCCUGCGGACGAAUUUCUUGUGCUAGCUUGUGAUGGUAUAUGGGAUGUCAUGUCUAAUGAAGAACUGUGUGACUUCGUCGGCAAUCGCCUGCAAAUAACGAGCAGCAUGGAAAAUAUUUGUAAUCAAGUGAUUGAUACAUGCUUAUAUAAGGGUAGUCGGGAUAACAUGAGCAUUGUUAUAGUGACUUUCCAAGGAGCACCCAAGCUUUCAGAAGAGGCUAUCAAAAAAGAGGCAGAGUUAGAUGCAAAAAUAGAGGCAAAAAUUAAAGAGACCUUGGAGUCUGAUAGUUCACUGGACACAGAUCUCCCAUACUUGAUGCACGUCCUCAGCGACUUGGAGGGUCUACCCCCAGGCGGGGGACUCAGCUCCAAGAGAGGGACAGUUGAGGCCAUUUUAAAUAAAUUGCGACCACCAAAGCCAGAAGACAAUGACGAGGAUGGUGGUACACCGAUUGAAUGAUGACCAUCAUUACAUCCCUGGUUUGUGUGCAGAGACUGAAUGUUCUAUACCUCUACUGGCGGCUGGGCAGCGAGACUACACAACCGCCCUUACACAUGCUACUACACUCUACACAUACUGAACACACGCCUGGAUUGCGCAAUCCUGCUCAAAGGACUUAUACAGUUAUACUUGUACAAACAUCUGUAAUGUUUUGCUGGUUAAUCAGGGCUUUCACUAGCCUAAGGUCUUUGAGCGCGAAAAUGACUUUUGUAUUAAUAUCAUGAGUAAAUAAGUAUAUCUGAUAUUUUCAGUGAUCAAAAUAAUUAGCGUAUGCCAACAAGCUCAAAGCAAUCCCUGAAGCUUGUAAAAAUAUCUGGACAAUGUUAUAUGGUUAUAUCUAGGCUUGUGGGAUAUAGUCUUAUUAUAUGAGUAUAUAAUUUUCACUUGUUUUUUUCAAGAAAACCUUAUUUUCGAUGACUGUAUUUUUAGUGUGAUAUCAUUUAUUAUUAUUUUUAGUCAAUUUUCAUGAUUUUUUUGAAGUUUUAAAUAAGUCUAUUGAAAGCCCUGUUAAUCUGAAAAACUGACUGAAAAGAUUGAUCAAGGUUGGUAGAAUAAAACAUGUCUUAAAAAUACAUAAUUUUUAUAAUCAGAUUCCUAGAGUCUUUGAUUAUAAUUCAUUCCUAUUGCAAAGCCUGUAAUUAUAUGUAUGGCACAUGAUAAAAUUGCGUCUUUCCUAAAAGUUCAUGAAUAAAUACGAGACGGUAUUGUGCAUAAGUUUCACACAUACAAGGGCAACCAUUAUAAUUGGACCUUAGAGGUUAUUGAAUGACUAUUCUUUGCAAAUGGUAGCAUGCUAGAUUUAUCAAUCAUAAUGUAAUUUACAUUUGUACCUUCAUAACAAUUGCAGAUAUUAACUGUAGGGAUAUCUUAUAGCUUUGCAAUUUUUAAAUACACAAACCUUUUUGUAUGACCAUGUUCUAAUUGUGAAUGGUCAGUCCAUUUCGUAUAGACUAGUUCACUGUGUUUUGUUAUGUUGUCUUAUUAGAUGAGGAAUGCUAGGCUUGCUAGGUCGAAUUUGAAAACAAAGACCUUACAGAAUAUAUGUUAGUGCUAUUUGACCAUAAAGGUUAUUCAAUUUAAACAUACAGACCCCAGGAAGGCAUUUUCUAUUUUGAGUUCAUGUUUUUCUCGGUGUAUUUUGAAAAAUUACCUAUACCCUUGGAAUUUAGUGUAGAUUGUCAUAAAAUCAAGCAAUGUUGAAAAUAUAAUUGGUUCAACAAACUUUACAAUUUAUUUUAUUCAUCAAAGUCAAAGAACAGAAUUUCAAACAUUUUUGUGAAACAUUUCUGAUCUGGGAUUUUUUUUUAACAUCUGGGGAAAAAUCCUAUACUUUAAGGCACUCAGAACUUUUUGAUUAUUUGCUUUAGAAAUCGCUGGGAAAAAAACCUGGGACUUACCCUCAUGGAAAACUCUCAUCGUCAAUCAACAGGACUAUUCUUCUAUAAAGUUAAGUUUGCCUUCAAGGGGAAUGGUGUAGUUGAAUAGCUCUCUUAUAUUGAUAAGUUUCUAAAUAAAAAAAUAUUGAAUGUCUUUAGACUUAAUAAUUACUGCUGCUUUAACCAUUAAAUCUCAAAAUAAUAUUGUUAUUGAUAUGAUAGAUUGAGAAUGUGUGUGUUUGUUACUAAUGGAAAAAACAACAACAAUGAUUAAGUUAUAUCGUAACUUUUUGAAUUUUAGUUAAUCAUGUUUACUAUAGGAUAAAGAUGCAAUGAAUAAUUCAUUUAGGGCAUUGUUUUCAUAUUUUUUGUAUUCCUUUUCAUUUGGUAUUAAACGAAUCAAUAUUAAGAUGUCAUUGUAUUUUGCAAUAUGACAUCAGUCUGCCCUGAAAUAUCUUGAACAUAGGCAUAUCAGCAUUGAAAAUAAUUUCUGAACAAAGGCUUAUCAGCAUUGAAAAUAAUUUCUGAACAGUUGAAAGGCUUAUCAGCAUUGAAAAAUAUUUUCUGAACAGCUGAAGAUAUUAACACUUAACAUCAUCAUUAAUGGUAUGCUUUGCUCGAAGGAGUUUAUAUGCAGUUGUUAAAAUCAUUGUAAAGAAUUAUUCACAAUUUCAAAUCAUGUUCGGGAGAAAUUGAUAUGAAUCCUAACCAGUUUUAUACCUUAUAAUUAUUCAAGUUACAAUGUUGUAUUCUGAUUAUGCAGAUAACAAAAAAAUAGUUAAAAUUCUGUGUUCCUGUAGUAAAAUGUACUACAGUGUAAAUUCUACCAGGUUUUAACUGACAUAUGCGAAAUUGGAGAACAAUAAUUACGUACCAUACUUUGUUUAACAUGAGAAUGUAUUAAGUUCAAUUAAACAUGCUUUUAUUUGUCCAGGGUUAUCAUGUGACUAGUAAAUCUCUCCAUUGAUUUAGCAAUGAUGAAUAUAUAUGAAUUGCCCGCGGUUUGUCGACAUUUUAAUUAGGGUUAUUCCAUUAAUACAUACAACACAUCACAGGAAGGCAUUUUCAGGUCGGAGAUUUACUCUUAAAAACUUCUUGUCUCAAAAACCAAACAGAAACCUCCCCUGUAAAAUUUCUUUAUUUUACCUUCCUUAGAUAGGCUGUAUGUUAAAAUGGAAUAGUGUAAGUCUCAGAUACUUAUUCUGGUCAACUUCUUUAAACCAUUCCAUUAUUUUUCUUUUUAUUCAAAAUUGAAAUAUUCAGAUACAAUCACAGAAAGCACCCAACUGAAUAAUUUAUAGGAAUGUUAACUAAAACGAUGUUAUUUUGUCCAUCUUGUUAAGUUUUUUUUUAUGUUUUGUAUGUAUUAACCAUUCAUUUAGCAUAUGCUCUGAUUUCAAACUUACAUGUAAAUGUUUGCCAUUGUGAGAGAAAGGCAUUGCAGUUUUAUGUGUUUAUAUAUUGUGCUCAUGAGAUCAAUCAGUUCUUAUACCUUUUGUAUGGCAUUGUUCAUUUAGUUCAACCUCUGAUGCAUAUUUAAUAAUUAUGUUGAUAGAAUUUUGUUGUAUGAAAAAUGCAAAACUCUUCGAUAAAAUUCUUUCAAAAAAGAAAGUGUUUUUAUAGAGCAAACAAGAAUAAUUGUUUUGCUUGGAAGCAAUUAUACUAUGUACAUGUUUCAUUGUCAUUGUUUCUUUUCACGAAUGCACCCAAAUCUGUUUUACAUUUAUUCUUGAUUUAGUUUUUGUAUUGUUCAAGUAUACAAGCGCUAAAUUGAACUCUGUUAUAAUAAUAAAUGUGCAUAAAUGAUCUAGCGAGCAUCUGAAUGUUUGUAAGAUAGUUUCAUAUCCAUUAAUAUUAAAUAUUAACUAUU